AUGCAGGACGGCGACGCGGCGCUAGGCGCGCCGGCCGCAGGGCCGGCGACGGUGCCGAUCCGCCUGCGCACCUCCCUGCCGGGCUGCUCGAUUCCGUAUGUGCCGUACAUGGUGCCUGUGACGUGGCGCCGCUCGCAGCUGUCGACGCUCGUCAACAAGGUGCUGGCCACCGCCGCCACGGGCGAGGCCCCGGCGCCGGUGCCGUUCGACUUUAUCGUGAACGGCGAGCUGCUGCGCACGAGUCUGGAGGAGUACCUCGCGGCGAACGCGGGCAGCGCCGAGACGACGCUCGAGCUCGAGUACAUCCGCAGCACGCUGCCGCCGGCCUUCCGCGACGCCGCACGCCAGGACGACUGGGUCGCCUCGGUCGAUGCCGCGUGCGGCGACUCGCUGCUCACCGCCUCGUACGACGGCCUCGUGCGCGUGUACGACGCGGCCCACCUCGCCGCCGAGCCGACCGCGUACCUCCCCGCGUACGGCGAGCACGUGUCGCUGACGUGCGCCCGGUGGCUCACGCCGCGCGGCGACGCGGUGGCGACGGGCAGCAUGGACGGCACGGUGGCCGUGUGGCGCUGCCCGGACGCGCCGUCGAAGAGCGUGCCGGUGGGCACGGCCGCCCUCCUGCCGCACCACGGCGCGCCUGUCUCGUCGCUCGACGUCGCGCCGCAGGGCGACCGCGUCGCGCUGCUGAGCGCGGGCUGGGACGGCACGAUCGCGCUCUGGGACGUG